UGGUUUAACCGGGAGUUUAGGCAGCAGCUUGUUCAGCCGCAAGAGCGUGGACCAGGAUCUGGAUAUCACUGGGAAGGCUGGAAUUUAUUCACCAUCACUGGCCGCCAGCAGAAGGUGGGCAAUGGAUAUAAAUCUGCAAGUGCUUGUACAGCCUGCUAAGUCAGAUGGGAAUGCUCAACACGUGGAGAGCCUGAGGCAUGAACUGACCGUCCCGCUCUUCUCCUCCAUUGCGAAUGGGGAUAUGGAGAGAUUUGAUAGAAUACUGAGCUUUUUUCAUAUUACCAGGAUAAAGCUGACAGAUGUCACAGACCUAAAAACAGGAAAGACCUGCCUGAUGAAAGCCUUACUGAAUCUAAACGCCAAUACAAACAAAAUAGUUGAGAAAUUGAUCACAAUCGCAGAGAGAGAUGACUGUUUAAUGCAGCUGAUCAACGCUAAAUAUUAUGAUAAAGAUUAUAAAGGUCAAACAGCCCUGCACAUUGCCAUCGAGAGACGCUGUCCAGAUAUAGUGCAACUCCUGCUGGAGAAAGGGGCUGAUGUCAACACAAAGGCCAAUGGGAAGUUUUUCAGAUCAAGCAGAAAGCGUCACGGCUUUUACUUUGGCGAGUUGCCGUUGGCCCUGGCUGCCUGCACCAAUCAACCAGAGAUAGUUACACUUCUCCUGGGCAACCCGAGAACAAACGCUGGGGAGCAGGAUUCCAGGGGGAACACGGUGCUACACGCACUGGUCACUAUAGCCGACGACACAGAGGACAACACAAAGUUCGUAACAGAAAUGUACAGCAAGAUCUUGAUUGAAAACAAAGUGGACAAUCUGGAAGGAAUAAAGAAUGAUAAAGGACUAACCCCGUUGCAGCUUGCAGCCAAACUGGGCAAGUUUAAGAUAUUCAGAGAGAUCCUCAGAAGAGAAAUGCAUGACAAGCAACACAUGGGACUUUCUAGAAAAAUUACAGACUGGGUCUAUGGGCCAGUUACUUCUUCGAUCUAUGACAUCACGGAAGUGGACUCCUUAGAAAAGAAUUCCGUUCUGAAAAUCGUUGUGUUUAACACCAAAAUCGAGAACCGACACAGGUUGCUCUCUGUGGAACCCUUGAGCACUCUGCUUGAGGAGAAGUGGGACAGAUUUGCAGCCUAUAUGUUCGCUAUCAGCUGCUUGCUGUAUGUGUCAUAUGUAUUCGUUUUUACCUUUAUUUAUUAUGACCAGCCUCAUGCAAACAAGACAAACAUCACAAGAACAUCAUGGCAACUAGGUGGACAAAUUUUCAUUUUGUCUGGUGCUGUUGUUUUACUUAUCAUAGACGUGGUAAUGCUAGCCCAGUUGAGACUUUCUGACCUCCAAUCAAUAAUGACAGAUGCCUGGUUCCACAUUCUGUUCAUUUUCCAGGCUGGGCUGGUGAUCUCCUGCACCAUAUUAGAUUGGGCAAGUGUGGAUCUCCAUCUGGCAGCACGAGUGGGGGCUAUGGCUCUCGGCUGGAUUAACAUCCUGUACUACACACGGGGAUUCCAGAGCAUGGGAAUCUACAGCGUCAUGCUACAGAAGAUUCUGUUAACUGAUGUUGUCCGAUUCCUGUCCAUCUACUUACUGUUCCUAAUCGGAUUUGCUGCAGCACUUGCCUCCCUGAUUCAGGGAUGCUUCAAAAAUGGGGAGUGUAGCCCUUUUGACAGUUUCUGCAUUGCAAUACUGGAGCUCUUCAAGUUAACCAUUGGACUGGGUGAUCUGGAAGUACAGAGACAAGCAAAAUACCCACAGCUUUUCCUCUUCCUCCUUGUGGUGUAUGUCGUUCUAACCUUCAUCCUCCUGCUGAAUAUGCUGAUCGCUCUGAUGGGGGAGACGGUGGAGAACAUUUCCAAAGACAGCAAGAACAUCUGGAAACUACAGAGAGCAAGAACCAUUCUAAAUUUGGAGAAGUAUUUGCCAAAGCGUCUGAAGAAGAAAUUUCAACUGGGGAAAAAAAUUAAUGGCAAGAGAUACAUCAGGAUUUAUGAAGUUAACUGGACAAAGUGGAACACCAGUUUAGCUCGUAUCCAUGAAGAUCCGGGAGAAGAGGAGCAAGAUGGAAAUAUUUCGGAAAACCCAAAUGAAACACAUAGCAUGUUGCUACCAAGAAAAAUCCUUCGCAAUAGAUUAAGAAAAAAUACACACAAAAAACCACUGAACAUCAGGGGCAAAAGAAAACUAAACCUUGGCUUCCCAGAUACAGUGAACAGGAAGAUAAGGCAGACAGACCCACAAUCAGAGGUGAUGAUGGUUUCUGAACAAGAUAUGCCACCAAUGUUGGGGACCAUAGAUUGCAAUGAAACAGACAGCGAGGUCAAGCAAAGCACAGACACAAUGAUUUAACUUGUUUAUGCUGGUAAGGUGCCACCUAUCUGAUCUCACAUCAGUAUCAGCUUCAGUUGAUAGCUAGGUGGUCAUGAAUUCGAGCUCCAUUUCAGUGACUUAAGCACAUGUUCCAAGCUGACACUUCCAGUUCAGUACUGAGGAAGUGCUCUACUGUCAACUACCAAAAGAGACAUUAAGCAGAGGCUGUCUGUUCAGCAAGGUGUGCAAGAUCCAAGGGCAUUAUUCAAACAGCUAGCAGUUCUCCCAGCAUUCUGGCCAACAUUCCUCCUCAAAUACCACACCCAAAAACAACGUACUAUACUUGUGUGCUCUGUGGAAUACUUGCCACAAUUGACUGCAUGCAAAUUGUAACACCUCAUUUAAAAUAAAAAAAAGUUAUGAUCUG